AUGGGCUCAGUCGAUACAAGUCUCCAUCCCUAUACCUCCGGACGCGCUGCGGCCUUCGCGGCCUCUCACUCGUCGCCCAACCCCUUGAUCCUGUACGGCGGCUGGUUCUGCCCCUUCGUGCAACGUUCCUGGAUAAGCCUACAUGAGAAAAACAUCCCGCACCAAUACGUCGAGAUCAACCCCUACAAGAAGGAAGCCGAGUUCCUGGCCCUGAAUCCGCGCGGGCUGGUCCCCACUCUCGCCGUCCCUGUGGACAAUGCCGGCAAGACGCAGAAACCACUCUACGAAAGCGCCGUCAUCUGCGAGUAUCUGGACGAAGUGUACAGCGACCCCAGCACGUACGGACUGAGUCUGCUUCCUGAAGACGCCUACGAGCGCGCCAGGUGCAGGAUCUGGAUUGACCAUAUCAGCCGCCGUAUUGUGCCGGCAUUUUAUCGCUUCCUGCAACACUCGUCGGCCAAGGCGUAUUCGCUUGACGAGGCGCGCGAAGAGCUUCUAACGCACAUCAAGACGUUCAUCCGCGAAGCGGACCCAGAAGGCCCCUUUUUUCUCGGCGAGCGGUUCAGCUUGGUCGAUAUCAUGCUUGCGCCGUGGCUGUGUCGUUUGUUCUUAUUCGAUGUAUAUAAAGGCGGCGUGGGCGUGCCCCAAGAGGGGAAAGGCGGAGAGGACGAGCAUCUCUGGCAACGGUGGCGGAAAUGGGCCAAGGCGACGCAGGAACGGGAGAGUGUGUUGGACACUCUCAGUGAUCGUGAACAGUAUGUGGAUGCCUACAAGAGGUAUGCGGAGGAUACGACACAGAGUCAGGUUGCACAGGCGACCAGGGCGGGCAGGGGGUUGCCAUAG